AUGAUCACUAUCACAAUGGCCAAACACUUCCUUUUUUCCCCCUGCUUGCUGCUCUUCAACACUGCAUGUUUAGCACAUCACUCUGAAUUAGACAGGUUCAACCAAUGCCAACUUGACAGUAUCAAUGCAUUGGAACCAGAUCACCGUGUUGAUUCAGAAGCCGGUCUCACUGAGACAUGGAAUCCAAAUCAUCCUGAGCUACAAUGCAUCGGUGUAUCUCUUAUCCGCCGCACCAUUGAUCCUAAUGGCCUUCACUUGCCUUCUUAUUCACCAUCUCCACAGUUGAUUUUCAUCAUCCAAGGUUUUAUUAUAUGA